AUGAAAGUCAACAUCAAAUCAUGGACCAUGGCUGCAUAUUGGAGUUGGGAUGUCGAUCAAGAUGACGUAUGUGGAAUUUGCCAGGCUUCUUUCAAUGCUACUUGUCCACAAUGUCAUGUUCCAGGUGAUGAUUGCUCUGUUGUUUGGGGUCAAUGUAAACACGUCUUUCACCUUCAUUGUAUCGAAAAAUGGUUGGCCACUACUCCUGGUGUGACGACUUGUCCAUUGGAUCGACAACCUUGGAAAACUGUCUCUGCGCCUACUUGA